UCUGUCAUUUUACAAGAUCUGUCAUUUCUUCUCGCAAAAGGAAAAAUUUACACUCGCUUCUGCUAUUUUUGCAGCUGUUCAGUGCAAAGCAAGCAGGCUUCCCAGUUUUCCCUUAUCCGGCAAUUUGCCCGUUCCUGAUUGGCACAACUAUCGAACUUGUUACUCCCCCCAUUAGUUUCCUGUGAACAGACCGACGGCCGCCGACAGAAUGUCCGCAAUUUCCGCUAGCGAAAAGCCGCAGAUGCAGCAGAUCGAUCUCAACACACUUAACCUGCAGCAACUGACACAAUUGAAGAAUCAGCUCGAUCAGGAAUUGACGAUGUUUCAAGAAUCCCUGCAGACAUUGAAGAUGGCCCGUGUCAAAUAUUCCGGCUCUAAGGAGGCGCUGGAGCAGUUCAAACCCGACUGGAAUGAGAAGCAGAUUCUAGUGCCACUGACGGGGAGCAUGUAUGUCCCAGGGACGAUAAAAGAUGCGGAAAACGUGAUUAUCGAUAUUGGAACUGGUUACUAUGUGGAGAAUGAUUUGGAGAGCGCAAAAAGUUUCUUUAAACGUCGGGUGGACUUCGUCCAAGAGCAAAUGGAAAAGAUUGAAGUGUUGGGCAUGGAGAAGUCCAAAAUCAGGGAUGCAAUUCGGGAGGUUAUGGAAAUUAAGCUUCUUCAGUUCGAGAAAGAAUUGCAGAAAAAACGGGAAGGAGCCUAGAAGAAAUAGAUGCUUAUAUUUUAUCUGUAACUUACUUCGUCCAAACCAAAAUAAUUUCAACUGUUUCUAUUGAAAGCAAACUACAGUGGUCACAGUACCCUUUCUGGAAUCUGAUUUAGCAAAGUUUAAGUUUGCUUUUUCGUCAAAUUAACUUUCACACUAUGUUCUUUUUCGACUAGAAUAUGCAUUUAACAACAAAACCAAUAAAGGAGACAAUUCGGAUAA